AGUGGAGAGACACGAAUCAAGCCAAGAGAGAGGGAGAGAGGGGAAGAGAGAACAUCAGAAUUCCCGGAGGGAUCAGAGAUGGAACCGAAACAGAAGUCCGAGCAGUUCAUAGGACAACCGAGACUACCCAAAUUCGCUGUCCCGAAACAUUACGAUCUGAAGCUGAAACCUGACCUCGUCACCUGUAAGUUCACCGGCACCGUCGAUAUCGAUAUCGACAUUGUUGCAGAGACUAAGUUCAUCGUCCUCAAUGCCGCUGAACUCGUCGUUGAUCGUGGCUCCGUCUACUUCAAGAACGAAAGCUCCUCGAAGGAAUUUCGUCCUCUGGAGAUUGAAUUGGUGGGACAAGAUGAGAUCCUGGUGUUGGAGUUCGAUGAUGUUCUUCCCAUCGGGAAAGGGAUUUUGGGGAUUGGAUUUGAGGGAACCCUUAAGGACAACAUGAAAGGAAUCUAUCGAAGCAUUUAUCAGCAUAACGGGGAGAAAAAGAAUAUGGCGGUUACACAAUUCGAACCUGCUGAUGCCAGGCGCUGUUUUCCAUGUUGGGACGAACCUGCUUGCAAGGCUACGUUCAAGAUAACUUUGACUGUGCCAUCAGAACUGAUAGCAUUGUCCAAUAUGCCAGUCAUUGAAGAAAAGCUUGAAGGGGAACUCAAGACAGUUUGCUUUCAGGAAUCGCCAAUUAUGUCAACAUAUUUGGUAGCUGUUGUUGUUGGCUUGUUUGAUUAUGUAGAAGGUCAAACAUGUGAUGGGGUUAAAGUCCGAGUAUACUGUCAAGUUGGUAAGGGUAAACAAGGAAAAUUUGCUUUAGAUGUUGCUGUCAGGACUCUCGAGCUUUAUAAAGUAUACUUUGCUUUGCCAUACUCACUGCCAAAACUGGAUAUGGUUGCAAUUCCUGAUUUUGCUGCUGGGGCUAUGGAGAACUAUGGUUUGGUUACUUACCGUGAAACAGCAUUGCUUUAUGAUGAACAGCACUCUGCUGCUGUUAACAAACAAAGGGUUGCAAUUGUUGUAGCUCAUGAACUGGCACACCAAUGGUUUGGAAAUCUUGUAACAAUGGAGUGGUGGACACACUUAUGGCUUAAUGAAGGCUUUGCAACCUGGGUGAGCUAUUUAGCAGUUGAUAGCUUAUUCCCCGAUUGGAAAACUUGGACUCAAUUUCUUGACCAACUCAUGGAAGGUCUUAAGCUAGAUGGACUCGAGGAAUCACACCCUAUUGAGGUAGAGAUUGGCCAUGCUGGUGAGAUUGAUGAGAUUUUUGAUUCAAUUAGUUAUAGAAAAGGUGCCUCUGUUAUCCGAAUGCUGCAAAGCUAUCUGGGUCCUGAACGUUUUCAGAGAGCACUCGCUUCAUACAUAAAAAGGUAUGCAUGCUCAAAUGCAAAGACUGAAGAUUUAUGGGCUGUUUUAGAGGAAGAAUCUGGUGAACCUGUGAACAUGCUAAUGAAUUCAUGGACGAAACAAAAGGGUUACCCAGUGGUCUCUGUAAAAUUCAUUGAUCAAAAUUUGGAGUUUGAGCAGUCGCAGUUCUUGUCCAGUGGAUCACAGGGGGUUGGAGAAUGGAUAGUUCCGAUUACACUAUGCUGUGGUUCUUAUGAUGUUCAGAAGAAUUUUCUGUUACGGACAAAAUCUGAAGUACUUGAUGUGAAGGAAUUUAGUGCAGAAUGCAAUUGGAUUAAACUUAAUGUUGAUCAGACAGGUUUCUACAGGGUGAAAUAUGAUGAUGUUCUUGCUGCCAGACUUAGAUAUGCAAUAGAGGCCAGCCAUCUUUCUGCAACAGAUAGAUUUGGUAUUCUGGAUGAUUCGUAUUCCCUUUGUAUGGCGCGCAAGCAAUCAUUAUCCUCUUUGUUUUCUCUUAUGAAUGCUUACCGGGAAGAACUUGAUUAUACUGUUUUGUCACACUUGAUCACUGUAAGUUACAAAGUUGCAGGUAUUGCAACUGAUGCCAAUCCUGGAUUGGCGGAUGACAUUAAACAAUUUUUCGUAAAUCUUUUCCAGUAUCCUGCAGAGAAGUUGGGCUGGGAACCAAAGCAGGGUGAGAGCCAUUUAGAUGCAAUGUUGCGUGGGGAAGUUUUGACUGCACUUUCUGAAUUUGGACAUGAUGCAACACAAAAGGAAGGCGUUAGACGUUUUCAGGCAUUCUUAGAUGAUAGAAAUACUCCACUCCUCCCUCCUGACAUAAGAAAGGCAGCAUAUGUUUCUGUGAUGCAGAAUGUUAGCAUGUCAAAUAGAUCAGGCUUUGAAUCUCUUCUAAGAGUCUAUAGAGAGACUGAUCUUAGCCAGGAGAAAGGGCGCAUUUUAAAUUCUCUUGCAUCAUGUCCAGAUCCUGCUAUUGUUCUAGAAGAGCUGAACUUUUUGUUGUCCUCUGAGGUGAGAAGUCAAGAUGCUGUUUUCGGACUUGGAGUAAGUAAAGAGGGGCGUGAAACAGCAUGGCAAUGGCUUAAGGAUAACUGGGAUCAUAUCUCAAAGACCUGGGGUUCUGGAUUUCUUAUAACCCGAUUCAUCAGUACCAUUGUGUCACCGUUUUCAUCAGAGGACAAGGCAAAUGAAAUAGAGGAAUUUUUUGCAAGCCGAGUCAAGCCUUCAAUUACAAGGACUUUGAAGCAAAGCGUAGAGCAGGUUCACAUCAAUGCAAAGUGGGUUCAAAGCGUUAGGAGUGAGGAAUCCCUGGAAGGUCUAGUCAAGGAGUUGGCAUCCAGGAAGUGAUGGAGAGCUUUUUGGAUUGCGGUAAGGGCUGGAGCAACUACUACAACCUUUAGAGCUAACCUCUUAACAAGACCAUUCUACAAUGAAUAAGUUUGUGUUGGAUUUUAAAAACUUGGUAUUUAUAAUGUUCAGUUGAGGCUUUCUUUUCUA